AUGAGGCUUGAAACCGGACUCGGUGGGACGAGAAGCCUAGUAGAUGCGUCCCCUGAGUGGUGGGAGGAGAAAAUAAAGGAGAAUAAAGAUUAUGCCAAAUUUAGGAACACAGAUUUGAGCAUAUUUGAUGAGAAAUAUGCUACUUUGUUUUGGGAUUCUGUUGCCCAAUCCAAACGAAGAAAUAUGGAGGGCAAAGGAGAUAGUGAUGAAAUCAAUUUAGAUGAUGAUGAGUCUCUUUUUACUAGUCUCCAUGAAAGUAGUUCAAGUAAAAGGAAGAGGUCUAAGUCUGUUUUCAACAACCGUCCAACCAAGAGUAAAAGUUCAAUUUAUGAAGAAAAAGUUGAUGCUUUAUUGGAUGCCACAUCAUCAAAAAGCAUACAAAGUUAUCCACAAAAUAAUCCGUCCCCAACAAUAGCAGAUUGCAUGGCCAUUGUCAUCAAGUUCCCCGAUUUUCGUGAAGGGUCCAACAAAUUUUCACAAGCAUUGCUUAUCUUUACCAAAAAGCAAAAUCGUGAAGCUUUUAUGUUUCCAACGACCGACACAACCAAGAUGGAGUUUCUUAAGUUACUUAUGAAAUAA